AUCAACUGAUGCCCCAUUAAUUACGUAUACCGAGCAUGAUUUUUGUUCCAGCGAUGUAUCAGUUUGUAGGAGGAAAUCUGUUUGGCAAUUGCGUACGGCAGCUUUCUUCAUGCUACCUGAUGCAUCACGCGUGGCAUGAUUUGUUCCUAGAUCCUCCAAUCUUCCAUAGUUGGCACCUUAUUACCUCAAAAUAAAAGGCCAUAUACUACGCUUUUCAUUUGGCGUAUUGACCUAGUAGGCAACCAGCUAGAAUCAAAUCGGUACACCUGGUCAUAUAGUACAAUCCUGAUUGACAAGAAACUAGAGUUUACUACAUCUUUUUCUUUUGCUGUUUAUCCUUCAUCCCAAAUUACAAUUCGUUUUAACUUUUUUAGAUACAUAGAUUUUGAUAUGCGUCUAGAUAUAUAAUAAGUCUUGAUACAUAGCAAAAGUUAUGUCGCUGGAAUAGCCAAAAUGAAUUAUAAUUUGGAACGGAGGGAGUUGUAGAUUAUUAUUGCAAGUUCUAUUUGGUUUUGUUAAGUAAAAGUUGGUUUUUUUUCUUAAUUUGUAUCAACCGGUACUCUUUCCAAAGACCUAAAAAAAAUAUCAUCAUAGUACAAAAGGAAUUAAUCGCUUUAUUCUCAGAAAACACUUGAGAUACACACAUGUACACACAAAGAAAAAACUCUACCUGUUUAAAGUACCACGCGUGCUAGUUCGAUCAAAACGAAAUAGCAGUACUGCGUGUUAAUUUGACUCCGACUCUCCGGGGUCUCAGUCAUUGCUGGGUCCGAAUCUUCCAUACAGGGAUACGGUUACGUUGAAAGUUCCCACGAAGCAAUUUCCGCACGUGCGUGCUGCGCUACAUGGAGGGGACAGCUAGGGAAGAAAGCAUCGUCAUCAGCUGGUAGAUGCGCAGCAGUUGACCUACGCGCACGUCAAUUCAGCACGCUGCUGCUGCAUGCGCUGCGACGAUCAACUCCUGCAAACGCCUCGCCGUCUCAGACUCGGCCUCCUCCCAAAACCUUGUCCUCGUCUUCUCACCGUCGUCGUCUCCGUCUCCACACACACACGCAAACACACGCAAACGACGCGACGACGAACUCGCACAGAACCAACACAGAAAGGGGGGAAAAAGCAGCGCCUUUUUGACUCCGACAAUCGAGUCAGUUAUCGCGAUUCGCGAAUACAGUAUGCACGUCAAUUUCAGCAAGAGCACGCGAGGGCGAUCAUAUCCAUGGCGAACGAGGAGAUGAUCAUGGCGGCGGCGGCGGACCACCACCGGCAGCAGCACCGCCACCUGCAGGACAGCGGCAGCAGUAGCAGCGCCCACGUGAGACCGGCGGAGGUGGCGCCGGCUGCGGGUCCUUCCAGUUCCCGGCAGGGCUUCGCCGCCGUGGCCGCCGCGCCGGUGAUCGACCAGCAGGUGGUCUCGGGGCUGUCCAUGAAGCGGUCGCUGCAGCUGUUCCUGCAGAAGCGCAAGGCCAGGGCGGGCGGCGCCGUCGCGCCGCCCUACGCCGGCGGCAGGCAUGCUCAGGCGAUCAUGAGACACUGACCAACAGACUCCUAGAUGAAUGAAAGGGCUCUCUUUUAUUUCAGUUUUCUUGACAUGAGGGGCGUGCAUUAUAGCGAUCGCAGUACAUAUAUGCUAGUUCGUUGGGAUAUGAUUUGAAUUUGAUUGGGUUUUGUUGUUCUGUUCUGCUUCGUUUUUGAAGGCGAAUUGCUGUUUAAUUUGUUCUUCGUCACACAGCUAGAUGUAUAGGCACGCACAGAAUGAUGGUAUGGAGGAAACAUUUUGUGAUCAAAUACUACAGUCCAUGUAACCUGUAAGAUUUAAUUUUA